CCGAGCUGUCUAGCCAGGGGCGCUCAACUCAUAUGGACGAGGCCUAGGGUUCUGCUGGAAGCUCCAGAGUUUCCCUGGUGGGUGUUUUUUCUUUUUCUUUUUUCUUUUAACCAGCAUAACUAAACCAGAGGCGCGUGUAGAGAAUGAUUUUACUGUAAGUGAGAAAAAUCAAGAUCCACUGAACUGUGUCCAGCAGAGCAUGGAAAGACACAGUCUCGCCCUCUCUUUCAUUUGCAGAGCGUAUUCAGGUCUUAGCUCUCAGACGGCAAACGUAAGCUCACAGGCUCAUUUGUAUAAACAUAUUGACUCAGUUGAUGCUCCUAGCUCCUUGAUCCCCUGUCAGCUGAGGGGAGGUUUCCCCUGGGGCUUGAGAAAAGACCACAGAGCAGUCUCGGCUACCUGGUGACUGCACGGAUCUGUGAUACUUCUGGCUGAGUGCAGGAGAGCUCACACUGUGGCCUCAGCUGAAACAAGUGGAUAUAUCUGUUCUAAAGGGAGGUGCAACAGUUGAUAUCUUGGGCUGGACACUCUGCUUUUUGAGUGUUGUUAUUCAAGCCUGCAUUCCCGUCCCAUGUGACUCACCUCAAAGUGGAACACACAGGACAGAUGAAAAAGUAGAAGACAGCUGGUCGAUGUCAGUGGUUUCCACAGUUGGAGAUUCCCAAGCCUAUCGACACCUAACAUCAAUGAGGCUUCAAGUGAGGAUAUUACUGCUUCACUGCACAGGAAUGUCCUGUCAUGGGGUGUGUGGCGGGGGCAAGAGGAGAAGGACAACGUGUCUCUUAGAGCAAUAAUACAGUCCGCCUACUCUCAGACUGCAGAUAGUGGACUUUCCAAUCUGUCCAGGACUGCAAGUGUCCCAGAUGUGUUGGGAAGGAGUCCAAAGACCAUCACAAUUGCAGCCCGGAAGGUUUUUCCAUCACUUUCCACCUGCAAGGAGCCUGUGUAUCCAUCGACUCCAGCGGGACCUGUGAAGGUGUCAAUUUCACCAAAACUACCACAAACAUUUGGGAGGAGACUCUCAUACAUAGCCACGAGCACAAUGAGAGUCUCAAGAUCCCAACCGGACAUGUGCAAACAGACUCCUACCAUUGUGACACCAAAUGAGUUCAGACAGGCCCACUCAGCAGCUGAUGGACUGGCAGAGGGAGAUCCAGGAAAGAGGAAUGUACAACUUUCAAAACACAGACUGAGCUACACAGAGGGCGACAGAAAGCGAGACUUGAUAGGUGGCUCAGUAAUGUACCACUCUUGUAUCCAUCAUGAGGUGCCUCUGAGGUCCACCAGCUCGGUUGUGUUUUUGGACAAGUCACUUUCCAUUUCCCUCGUGGAACUAGAUGGAGGAAGAGCAGGUCAACCCACUUUGUACAGGUCCACCUUGUCUGCUCGCCUUGGUGUCGCAUCCUGCUGCAGAUCCUCUACAGACAGCAAACCAGCCAAAACAAAUGAGGGUUACGGGAGACACAGAGCAGCCAUGUUGGGCGGAAACAAACGCAAUGGCCGAGAGAGUGGUUUGGGUCACUGCGGAGGCUCUCUAUCAAAGCAGCAGGGCCGCGAGGUCGAGCAAAUGGCACCCGCUCAUGGUAUUAACAACAAGGCCGAUGAUUUAGACACACAGCACCACGGCUCUACUUUGGGAUUAUUGUCAUUCAGAGGGCCAAGCCCCUCAAACACAAAGGCCGGCAGGCAGAAGGGGAAUGCAGAUGAGGCAGCCUUCCCUUCCGAGAGCAAUUUCAGGCACAGGCAGCGCACUUUCAAUAUUGGCCCAGUGGACUCCAGUACAUGGAGCAAGAAGACAGUGCCUGAAAACACAGAAGAAAAACAGGAACAUGGCUGUUCCACAGAACCUUUGGAUAAAACCUGUUCCUAUCAUUCACGAGCGAAGGCCGACUGUGUGGAAGGAACACCCGAAACUCUCAGCCUCAAAGAGGCUUUGGAGCUCUUCAGGCCAGACUUCAUCAGCCGAUCUCAGGGUCGGGUGAGGAGGUUGGAGCAGAGGGCCAGGAGAAGGAGAGCGCUGCAGGACUCCAAUCCGGACCUAGUGCAGGGCCUCAGGGAGGAUCGGGGCAAACAAAAGGGGAACUGCACCACACCAGAUCCACUUAGCGAUAACCUUUUCAAGCCUAGAGAGAGGUCUAUAUCAGGCAGAGAGAUGCAGCUGAGGUCCAGACGGAUUUACAGCAAGCUGCCAGAGGUGACAAAGAAAAAGGAGGAGGAGAAAAAGAGGGCUAUAUCACAAACCAACAGAUUGCGAGCAGAGGUCUUCAAAAAGAGGCUUCUGGAUCAGAUCCUGCAAAGAUAAACGAAAGAAACCGAAAGGCAGAAGGGGAUCACUUGCUAUUAUAUCAACCCCUUCUCCUCCAUUGACAGUAUAUUAAAAGUGACUUUGUAUUUAAUGCAGUUGCUGUAAUUAUCUAUGCAAAAUCUUUGUUAUGCUUGUUAUAUGUAUUCAUAUUAAUAAGACUCUCUUUCUGUUAAAUUACCUCUUCCAUCUUUGCCCUUUGCAGCCUGAUCGCUUUAUUGCAAAAGAAUGCAACAAAAGAUGGGAAAAAAUGAGAUUUUGCUGAACAAGCUUUUGUAAACAGCAAAGAAUCAAUAUAGUGGUGAUAAAUCACAUCUCACCACUUUCUAAUAAGGUACCCUUUACAAAGCGUUUAUGAGUUUAAACUAAGGGCUUUAUUUAUUUAUUUAUUAUCAUUAACAACUCAAUAACGUGUGUAACUGCAGACUUGAUGCUGAUUGAAAUGUGAUACUCACAAGUAUCUAUAAAUGGAUUACCAAAUUCAUAACUGCAUUCACAACCCGGCAACCCAAAUGUUGAAUGAUCAAUAAAGCAUUAGUAAAUUAUGUUUUAACCAUUAAUAAAGCUGUUAGUUAGAGCUAAUAAGCCCUUUAUAACACAUGUCUUAUGAGAGAGCUUGUGUCUACUCAUGCCACAAUGGCAGAUAAUGACAAAACAAGCAAUGUUCUUGACCAACAUUAUGCUAUAAAAGUAUUCUAUAGAUGAAAAUUGUGUAUGAUGUUCAGGGCGUAUGCUGUAGAGUUAAUUAAAUGUUGUGUGCAGACAUUGACAAAGACCAGCCUCGUCACCUACAAACGAUAUACUCAUAAUUAAAAAAUGAGAAGGGUUUGACAGCGGAAAUAUUAAAGCAAUGAAAUUUCAAUCUGUCUUCCCUGCUCACAUUAACACCCAGUGAUUAAAUGCAAUACAGAUUUAUCAUAUAUUUCUUUCCUAAUGGUUUGAUUCCUUAUCUGUAAUAUCAUCUUCGUCUAAUGCAUGUCAAGUAUCUCGAAAUGAAACAAGAGAAUUCCAAGGACAUUCAGUGUUGACGCAGUGUCAUUUUCCAGGAAAUUGAGUCUCUGUGCUUUGUGCAAAGCACCUUGAUUCUGUCAUUGGUACAGUACUGUAAAGGAGAGAGGCAAGAGAAGGGAGAACCAUGUUUCGUCAUUGGCCUCACAUCUGCCUCGAGGCCUCUGGAACCUCCCAUCCGGAACAGUAGAAUUCCAAGCUAAUCGAACUCAGGAGACACGCAGCGCCUGUGAAAGGGGCCUUUGUCGCAGAGCUCCAAACCAGAGAUGACAUUGUAAUAAGAGAGAAGACUUCUGAGCACAGCUUGGGACCACAGUCCACAUAUAGCCUGUAAAGGUGACUGACAUCUCUGUGGCAUUUAAGUGGAGCCUGCUGGGAUGAGGAGAGAACAGGGGAAGGGCAUGUGCCGCAGGUCUGUAUAAAUACACACUGUAUAAAUACAUACUGUUGUGGCAGACUUUUGGUGAGUGGAUUGCUCUGGAGUAAACACUGACAGUGCUUUAAACCCUGAAUAAAAUUAUGUAUUAAUUGUUGAAUAAAGGAUGAGUUUUAUCCUG